UAUAGAUACAGGGCAUUUGUAUCUAUAUCCCUUGUGGGACAGCGGUACGUCAAUUUUUACGUUGAGAUCGGACUCGAGAAAAAAGGGAAGGCUGCGCUUAAACGACAUCUGAUUUUUUUUUUCCUUCUUUUCCUUUUUUAUAUUUUGUUUGAAAACCUGCGCGCCUGAAAUUUUGUUGGAGGGUUUUGGUUGGGCCUUUUGGUUUUCUUGGGCUGAAUGAGAAAUAUUUUUGGGGGGUUUUUAAUUUUUAAUGGUUGUAUGUUAAUUUUUUUUGGGGGAAAAAGUUGAGAUUUCUGCAUGCAAUCUGGGGGUGGUGGGGCCCAGCAGGGCAGUGGGCAUGGGCGGAGUGCGGCGGUGUCGCCUGCUUCCUCCUCUUCUGGGGUGUCGACGUCUCAGCUGGGACUUGACCAGCAGCAGCAGCAGCAGCAGCAGCAGCAAAGGCAGUCCUUACAACAGCAGUUCCUUAGAAGACCUGAAGGGAAUGACCCCAUUUUAGCCUAUCAGGCUGGAAGUAUCCAUGGAGUGAUGGGAGGAGGCAACUUUGCUGUGCCUUCAGGCUCCAUGCAGUUGCCUCAACAGCCUAGGAAGUUUAUGGAUCUUGGCCAACAGCAAAUCCCUUCCAGUGGCCGAGAGGAGGGUCAAGGUAGGAGUCAGGCCUUUGAGCAACACUUACUGAACCCAGUGCAUCAUGCUUACUAUGCUUUCCAGGCAGCCCAGCAGAAAUCACCUCUAGGAAUGCAGCCUCAACAGCAAAUGAAAAUGGGGAUGUUCAGCCCUCCUAGCAAGGAUCAAGAAAUGCGGAUGGCAAAUAUGAAGAUGCAGGAGCUCAUUUCUGCACAGGCGGCUAAUCAGCCUUCGGCAUCAUCUUCAAAAAAAUCAGUCGAGCAUGUAACUCGUGGUGGUGAGACUCAAGGGGACCAUGCUAAACAGCAUCUACCAGAUCAAAGGGCUGAUUCAGAGUCUCCUAACCAGCCAAAAUUACUUGGCCAAGCAGUGCCGGUGAAGCCCAUGCCUGCACCACAAUCUCAACAAAAUUUUCAGAACAUGGCAAACAAUCCUAAUGUUAUGGCUGCACAAAUGCAGGCCUUGGCCCUUGAGCGUAAUAUUGACCUUUCAAAUCCUGCAAAUGCAAAUCUGAUUGCACAAUUUCUCAUGCAGUCUCGUAUGAUUUCACAGCAAAAAGCAAAUGAAAGCAAUGCUGUCGUACAGGCUUCAUCUCUUCAUGUGCAAAAACAGCCAGUUAAUUCACCAACGGUGGCCAAUGAAAGUUCUCCUCGUGGUAACACAUCAAGUGAUGCAUCUGCGCAGUCUGGCUCGGUCAAAGCUAGAUACCCUUCUUCAUCUGCUUCUCCCAGUUCAGCUCCCAGUGCAGCUGUGGUAGGUAACUCCAGUAAUGUCCCAUUGCAGCAGUUUUCCCUUCAUGGAAGAGACAGCCAGUUACCUCCAAGACAGCCAAAUACAAUUGCCAAUGGAAUGCCUCCGAUGCCUCCCUCAAACUCACCUUUGAACUUAAAGCAGGGAUUGGAUAAUGCAUUACUGGCCAAAGGUGCACAGAUCGGGCCAGAAACUUUGCAGAUGCAAUACGGAAGGCAGCCAAAUCGAUCUUCUUCACAAUCUAUGGCUUCAUCGAAUGAUGGGAUCCUGGGAAAUACCUCUACUUCUCAGGAUGGAACAGGAGCCAAGAUGCAGCAACAGAACCUAGGGUUUACAAAGCAGCAACUGCAUGUUCUCAAAGCACAAAUACUUGCUUUCAGGCGCCUUAAGAAAGGAGAUGGAUCUCUGCCACGAGAAUUACUCCAAGCUAUUGCACCACCACCACUGGAGAUGCAGAUGCAGCAGAUGCUUCUUCCUGCUGGAGCUCUUAAUCCAGAAAGAUCUGCUGUUAAAAAUGUAGAAGAGCAUGAGAGGCAGUUUCAGUUGGGUGACAAGGCUACUCAGCAGGCAACCAAUGGUGAUGGACGACACAGAUUAAAGGAUGAAGCUGCAGGAGAUGAGAGUGCAACUGCACCUGCAGUUAAUGUGCAAAGUCUGGCAGUGCCAGUGAAGGAACCUACACCUAUGGUCUCUGUUCGGAAAGAGGAGCAGCAAACUACUGGAUCUUCUGGUAAAUCUGAGCCAGAAGUUGAACGUGCAAAUCAGAAAUUUCCUAUCAGAAAUGAAUUUGCAGCAGAGAGGGGCAAAGCAGUUACCUCACAGGCAGCUAUUCCUGAUACAGCACCCGCAAAAAAACCUGUACAAGGAAAUGUCACUCAACCUAAAGAUGUUGGUUCAACUAGAAAGUAUCAUGGACCACUGUUUGAUUUUCCUGUCUUUACUCGGAAACAUGAUUCUUUUGGGUCAUCGUUGAUGAUGAACAACAAUAAUAACCUUACUCUUGCUUAUGACAUCAAGGAUCUUCUUGCUGAGGAAGGCAUGGAAAUUUUCAGAAAGAAGAGGGAAGAAAAUAUUAGGAAGAUUGGUGAUAUACUGGCUGUAAAUUUGGAGAGGAAAAGAAUCAGGCCAGAUCUUGUUUUACGUUUGCAAAUAGAAGAGAAAAAACUUCAACUGGCGGAUGUUCAGGCUCGCUUGAGAGAUGAGAUUGAGCAACAGCAGCAAGAUAUAAUGGCAAUGCCUGAGAGGCCGUAUAGGAAGUUUGUUCGGCUUUGUGAGCGCCAACGACAGGAACUUGCUAGGCAAGUUCAGGCCUCACAGAAGGCCUUGAGAGAAAAGCAACUGAAGUCCAUUUUUCAGUGGCGUAAGAAACUCCUUGAGGCGCACUGGGCCAUUCGUGAUGCUCGAACUGCACGUAACAGGGGAGUUGCUAAAUAUCAUGAGAGGAUGUUGAGGGAGUUCUCGAAGAGAAAGGAUGAUGAUCGCAAUAAAAGGAUGGAGGCUUUGAAGAAUAACGAUGUUGAGAGAUACAGGGAGAUGUUGCUUGAGCAACAGACUAGUAUCCCUGGCGAUGCUGCAGAGAGAUAUGCGGUUCUCUCAUCGUUUUUAUCUCAGACAGAAGAGUAUCUUCACAGACUGGGAGGUAAAAUUACUGCUGCAAAAAAUCAACAGGAGGUGGAUAGAGGCACUGCUAUGCUGCUAGGCACGUUGCCUGCUCGACUCAGUGGUCUCUCUGAAGAAGAAGUAAGAUCUGCAGCAGCCUGUGCCAGGGAGGAAGUAAUGAUCAGGAAUCGGUUCUCUGAGAUGAAUGCCCCGAGGGAUAGCUCAUCUGUCAACAAGUACUAUAAUCUUGCACAUGCUGUGAAUGAAAGGGUUAUUAGGCAGCCUUCAAUGUUGCGAGCUGGAACUCUACGAGACUAUCAGCUUGUUGGCUUGCAGUGGAUGCUUUCUUUGUACAACAAUAAACUUAAUGGAAUUUUGGCAGAUGAGAUGGGUCUUGGAAAGACAGUGCAGGUUAUGUCAUUAAUUGCCUAUCUCAUGGAGUUCAAAGGAAAUUAUGGCCCACACCUUAUUGUAGUUCCGAAUGCUGUUCUCGUUAACUGGAAGAGUGAACUUCACAAUUGGCUUCCAAAUGUGAGCUGUAUUUAUUAUGUUGGUGGAAAGGACCAACGAUCAAAAUUGUUUUCUCAAGAGGUUUCUGCAAUGAAAUUUAAUGUGCUUGUGACUACCUAUGAGUUUAUUAUGUAUGAUCGCUCAAAACUUUCUAAAGUGGAUUGGAAGUAUAUCAUAAUUGACGAAGCACAACGAAUGAAGGACAGGGAGUCAGUUCUAGCUCGUGAUCUUGAUAGGUAUCGCUGCCAAAGACGCUUGCUUCUGACAGGGACACCUUUGCAGUUUUUACCUCACCACAUUUUUAUUCUUUAUUUAUGUGUCUGGAGUUUUCCUUGUUUGCAGUGCAAGAAUGUGAUUAGCAGGCUCCGAAAGAGAAUAGACCGGGAAGGUGCACAGAUCAUUCCAUUGCUAACUGAUCUGUGGAAAAGAAUUGAAAGCUCUGGUUGCACGAGUGGAGCUGAGGAUAAUCUCUUUGAUUUACCGGAGAUUGAUAUGCGUCUUGACAACCAAGAGUACAGGGGAGUGAUGGAAUUUGUUUCAGACGUGCAGCUUAUGUUAAGAAGUGCCGUGCAAUAUUAUGGUUAUUCAUAUGAGGUGAGAUCUGAAGCGAGGAAAGUCCAUGAUCUUUUCUUCGACAUCUUGAAGAUAGUGUUUCCAGAGAAUGAUUUCCGAGAAGCCAAAAACUCUCUCUCUUUCACGAGUGCAGCCUCAGGCUCUGCACAUGGUUCAUCUUCAAAACAAGUGCUUACUGGUCAAAACAGGCGGCAAAAAGCAACGAGUAGUGCAGAACCUGAGCCUAGUCGUCCUCAGAAGCCUCAGCCUCGUGGACCAAUACAUGAAGACACAAAAACGAGGGGCCAUGUGUCACAGAAGGAGGCAAGGCUUGGAAGUAGCAGCAGCCGGGAUCUUGGCCAACAAGAUGAUUCACGCCCAUUCGCUCAUCCAGGGGAGCUUGUUAUUUGCAAAAAGAAGAGAAAGGACAGGGAAAAGUUGGGAUUCAAGGCGGGAAACGGUUCAGCUGGUCCUGUGUCACCUACUGGCGUCAGUCGUGGCAUUAGAAGCCCUGCACAAGCUUCGAUAGCCAAAGAUGUGAAGCAGGUUACCCAACAGCAAGGGUGGAAUAGCCAGUCUCCUCAGCAGGUGCACAGCAGUGGUGGGAAUGUUGGCUGGGCCAAUCCUGUCAAAAGGAUGCGAACAGAUGCUGGAAAGAGACGCCCAAGCCUUAAUUGAGUGCGUGUAUAUUUUAACAAAAGAAUUUGUUUUGCUAAUUAGUCGAGGUGCUGGGUACAAUCCGGCCCUUGUGAGUUGUAAUACCUGUUAAUAUAGGAAUUCGUGGGGAUUUUCCCAGUGUAUGAUAUUUGCUCUUCCGCAAGUCUCCUGCGUCUCUGUGUAGUAGUGUAUUUUGAAAGGUAUAUUAACAC